CAUGAGAUUGUAUCAUAUGGACUAGGUCACAAUGGCCAUUUUUACUUUUUUAUCUAUGAGUGUCGUUUGUUUUAGCAGCUGCUGUUCAGCGGUAUUAAAUGCUCAGAGCUGAAUAGUAGCAAAUUCCUAGACCUUCAUGAUUGCGGUCAGAUAUUUGAUUAGAUUCAUGUUCCAACAUUGUAUGAUCUUUUUAAAGCUUUAGAAUAUACUACAAAAAUCACUGUAUAAAAUAUUCACAAAAUCAUAGCUGAUAUUAACGAUGGAACGGUACCUUAUCAAAUUGUGGUAUGUCUGAGUGAAGGGUCCUUACAAUAUCAAGUAUCUAUUGCGUGAUAUUCCACUGACGCAAAACUUGGCACCAUCGUUUAUAUGACUGAACACUUGCACACUUGUUGAAAAGACGCUUACCCCAAAUACACGCACAAAUAGAUAAAGGUUACAGACUGUCGAUAAGCUAUUUCAGUGCUUGCUUUAUCUACACCUGGAUGAUAUUGUUUAACAAAGACCUACUUAUGUAAACUUAACAAACAGCAACUCUGGUAUGACAAAGUUUUGGUUACGAAGAUAACAUGUUUGUUUUGCAGCAUGCUAUGAACACUAAAAUAAUGUAUUAAAUAGAUAUGCUUUAAAUUGUGAUAUAAUUUCAGUAUUUCAUAACUUGGAAGUAACAUAAAAACUUCUUUAUGUUUAUAGAAGUUUUGAUAAUAUAGAUGACAUAUGUGUGCAAAACUUUACCAAAAUGUGAAUUUUCAAGUUAAUGUUAAUAACAAUAAUAAAGACUAUAUUACGUUUUUGACACGCGCAUCUGCAAAGGAUCUGUAAUGAGAUUUAGAUUGAAGUCAGAUUUUAGAUAUAAACACAUAAAAAGAUGUGAAAGUGGACUUCAGUGAAGUAAAAAACUGUUACGUUUUGCUUUCGACAUAAUCCAACUUCUCCGUUUUUAUUCGUUUAUUGCGUUACCGUUGUGCACUGUAUAACAUAUUCAUUAUUUAAUAAAGUUUUGUAAGUAAAAAUGUAAUUAAAAUGAAAUGUACUAGUUAUAUCUGAAUGCAUAUUUUUACUGCAAUGUCCUCAUUUACCCUAUAUUUAAUUGUGACUUUAUUGACGCCAUGUUCAUUGACAUCAUUCCCUUUCAAAAACAUUUCUCUUCCGUGGGCCGAUCGCGUAAAUGAUAUUGUUAAGAGGCUCACCUUAACUGAACUCAAAGAUCAGCUGGCAAGGGGAGGUUCGGGGCCUCAAGGCGGACCGGCUCGUGCAAUACCUAGACUUGGGAUUGGACCAUACCAAUGGAAUGAAGAGUGUCUAAGAGGAAUAGCUUUUAUGCCGAAUGCAACAGCAUUUCCUCAGGCAAUCGGUCUUGCAGCCACAUUCAGUCCAUCAUUAAUAUUUGACAUCGCUGAGGCAAUUGGUAAGGAAGUGAGAGCUAAACAUAACGAUUACAUACGAAAGAAAGACUAUGGAGACCAUACGGGCCUCAGUUGUUUUAGUCCUGUUAUCAACAUUAUGAGGCAUCCUCUUUGGGGACGAAAUCAGGAAACAUACGGCGAAGAUCCAUACUUCAGCGGAAUUUAUGCCGAAAACUAUGUUAAGGGUCUUCAAGGAAACCAUGAAAGAUAUGUACGAGCAAGUGCUGGAUGCAAACACUUUGCCGUCCACGGAGGUCCCGAUAAUAUACCGACAUCGAGGUUCAACUUCGAUGCAAAGGUUUCAGACCGAGAUAUGAGACUCACAUUCUUACCUGCCUUCCGUGCAUGUGUACGAGCUGGAACGUACAGUCUAAUGUGUAGUUUUAACAGGCUGAAUGGUGUUCCGGCGUGUGCAAAUCACGAUCUUCUGACAAAGAUACUACGUGAGGAAUGGGAUUUCCAAGGUUACGUUGUAAGUGAUGAGGGUGCACUGGAUAACAUGAUCAACAGACAAGAUUACUUUAACACGACAGUAGAAACAACUGUCGCUGGUAUAAAGGCUGGGUGCAAUCUUGAACUGUCAUGGGAAGGAGCUAUAGUGUAUGAUGCCGUGGGUAUGUUUCGUGUAUUUCUCAUUUAUACCUCGUUUAGAAAUUGGGAAUGCAGUCCAUACAUCUAUACCCUUUCUGCAGAAAGAAGCAAGGUCGAAGCAGUUAGAACUGGCCUAUUAUCCGAGACACUAGUCAGGGAACGAGUGAAACCUCUUUUCUACACACGCAUGCGCCUUGGAGAGUUUGAUCCACCAGAGAUGAACCCGUAUUUGCAGUAUAAUAUGUCAACGGUACAAAGCCCAGCGCACCAACAACUUGCUGUCAAAGCAGCCAUGCAGUCAUUUGUGUUGUUGAAAAACGAUAAUAAUCUAUUACCAAUUAGACACCGUCUUGAGAGAGUGGCCAUUAUUGGACCUAUGGCAGACAACCUGAAACAAUUGUACGGGGAUUACUCUCCAAUUAUAGAUGCUAAAUACGCCAGAACACCGUUACAAGGUCUACGGAAUAUAGCUACGACAGUCAAUCAUACUGCGGGAUGCGAAGAUAACAAAUGCAAAACUUUUGAUGCCGACGCCGUUAGAAAUGUUGUGAGUGACGUUCAGCUGGUCAUAAUAUGUAUUGGAACAGGACAAGAAAUCGAGGCAGAAGCUAAGGAUAGACAAGAUAUGAAUCUACCUGGAAACCAAAACCAACUUGUUCUAGAUGCUGUAGAGUCGGCAAAUGGAAGUUCGGUUCUCCUUCUUGUGUUCAGUGCUGGACCUGUCAACAUAAGUUUUGUCGACAGAGACCCACGUGUGGAGGCCAUUAUGCAAUGUUUCUUUCCUGCUCAAGCGGCAGGGGAAGCUUUGUAUAAUACUAUAACCAUGGCAACAGAAGAUGCUAGUCCUGCAGGAAGACUCCCUUACACUUGGUACGACACUGCAGACCAGAUUCCAUCAAUGACAGAUUACACAAUGACCGGAAGAACUUACAGAUAUUUUAAAGGAACACCUCUUUAUCCAUUUGGUUAUGGGUUAUCGUACUCAGAAUUUAGGUAUUCAAAAUUAACGGUUCAGCAAAACAUUUCUACGGAUGAUAAUCAACUUUUAUCCGGAUAUGUCGAGAAUAUUGGAUCAAUCGAUGCAUUUGAGACUGUGCAAGUCUACAUUUCCUGGUUGACUACUACAGUGGCCAUGCCAAAUAUACAACUAACCGGGCUGCAAAAGAUUUACAUUAAGUCUGGCGCGAAAAUUAAGUUCCAGUUUGUUAUUGAUAACGAACAGUUUGCUGUGUGGACAGACAAAGGUUUUGUUGUCCAACCAGGUAUGAUACAGGUGUAUGUGGGGGGUCAGCAACCCCGUCAAGUGAAAAAUGUUGGCUCAAACGUUCUUCAGGCAACGUUUGAAAUAUCUUCAAAGACCUCUGACGGAACACUCAUAUAUUCUCGUAGAAUGCUGGUUCUGAUGCUUAUAUUUAUUUUCUUAUGUUUUCAAUACAACUAAAAACCAAACACUGUCACACCAGGAUUCGGGAAGUUUAUUUAUAGUCAUCAGUUACAGAGACAAUUCUCACGUGAAACGAAAAUGUCGUUUUUGUUUUACAUAACUGGAGUUGAUUAUUAUGUUUAUCAUUUUGUUCAAUUUAUCCAUCUCGUAGACUGAGCGCGAAACUUCUAGAUUCAUACACUGUAAAAUAGGUUCGUGCUCAGCCUUCAAUCUUUUAAAAAAAAAGUCCACUGAUGAGUUACCUCCAUUUUGA